GGCAGGAGGGCCGCUGCAGCUGGGGUGUGCGUGGGUGGAGGCAACCAGGAGGGGCGGAGGGAGGAAGCAGCUUCCUGCCUCCUCCUUAGCCCUCAAAGACAGGACGAGGGACAGACAGACAGACGGACAGCUGCUGGGAGGCAGCCCCGUGGCGCAGCUGCUCCGGUGGCGAACCUCAUGGCCCAGUGAGUCUCCUCUGGGCCCGGCACCCUGCCUGCCCAGCAUGGUGCAGGCCCCAGGGGGCCGUCCCAGAGCUCAGCCACCAAACAUGACCCAGCCACCACCCCCCAAAGCCCCGGCCAAGAAGCAUGUGCGGCUGCAGGAGAGGCGGGGCUCCAACGUGGCGCUGAUGCUAGACGUGCGCUCCCUGGGCGCCGUGGAGCCCAUCUGCUCCGUGAACACCCCCCGGGAGGUGAGCCUGCACUUCCUGCGCACUGCGGGGCACCUGCUCAGCCGCUGGGCCCUGCAGCACCAGCUGCCCAGCCCCAGGCAACUGGAGGAAGAGUUCCUGAAGAUCCCCUCGAACUUUAUCAACGCUGAAGACCUGGAUGUCCCUGGCCACGCCUCCAAGGACCGAUACAAGACCAUCCUGCCGAAUCCUCAGAGCCGUGUCUGCCUUGGCCGGGCACAGAGCCAAGAAGACGGAGACUACAUCAACGCGAACUACAUCCGAGGCUAUGACGGGCAGGAGAAGGUCUACAUCGCCACGCAGGGCCCCAUGCCCAACACCGUGUCGGACUUCUGGGAGAUGGUGUGGCAGGAAGGAGUGUCGCUCAUCGUCAUGCUCACCCAGCUCCGCGAGGGGAAGGAGAAAUGUGUCCACUACUGGCCCACAGAGGAGGAGGCAUCGUAUGGGCCCUUCCGCAUCAGCAGUCGGGCAGUGAAGGAGCACCCCGAGUACACGGUGCGGCAGCUCGCCAUGCAGUACCAGGAGGAGGUCCGGCCUGUGAAGCAUGUGCUCUUCUCUGCCUGGCCCGACCACCAGACCCCAGAGUCGGCGGGGCCCCUGCUGCGCCUGGUGGCGGAAGUGGAGGAGGGCGCGGGGACGGCUGGUCCCCCGGGGCCCAUCGUGGUCCACUGCAGCGCAGGGAUCGGUCGGACCGGCUGUUUCAUCGCCACCAGAAUCGGCUGCCAGCAACUUCAGGCCCGCGGCGAGGUGGACAUCCUGGGCAUCGUGUGCCAACUGCGACUGGACAGGGGCGGCAUGAUCCAGACGCUGGAGCAGUACCAGUUCCUGCACCACACCUUGGCCUUGUACGCGGCCCAGCUGCCAGCGACGCAAGAGCCCAGGCCCUGACCCUGCCCUGCCCAGCAGAGCCCAGGCACCAAUGUGCCCCUCGCCCCGUA